AACGGAGGGAGGGAGGAAGAAGAGUGGGAAGGGAAGAGGAGGGGUGGUGUAACCAAGGCAACAGCAGGGGCCUGGCAUUCCCCUUCUGAGAUCCCAACACUUCUUCAGGCCAAGGGCGGGGGUGCUGGGAGAGCCCCGGCUGCCGCUGGCAUCCCACCCCCACUGCUCAGCUCCUCGGCCAGGUUGGGGCAGGGAAACUGCCCGCCUCCAGUUGCCAUGGAGACUGGGUUGUCAGGAAGCCAAUGAGCAAGGGGAGCGGGGGAAGGAGGAGGAAAUGGAGGCUGGUGGAGGGGAGGCGGGAGGAAAAUGGGAACCCACCUGGGAGGAACCCACCAACUCACAACACAUGCGAUCUUUUCCAGAUCACUCUGGCCCCCUGGGUCCAUCAAAGCCAUCGCCACCCCUGCCUCAGCCCACCAUGCUGAAGGGAGCAGUGAGCCUGCCGGUGCCCGGAAAGCAGGGACCUAUCUUUGGGAGGCGAGAGCAGGGUGCAUCGUCCAGAGUGGUGCCAGGCCCUCCAAAGAAACCUGAUGAGGACCUCUACUUGGAAUGUGAGCCCGAUCCAGUCCUGGCUUUGACUCAGACUCUCAGCUUCCAAGUCCUGAUGCCCUCAGGCCCUCUGCCCAGGACAUCAAUGAUGCCCAGGCCUACCACAGCCCCCCAGGAAACUCGGAAUGGAGCAGCAGAUGCCGCCUCUAAAGAAGGAAGGAAAUCGUCUGUUCCCUCUGUAGCCCCCACUGGGAGCGCCUCAGCUGCUGAGGACGGUGAUCUGCUGGCUCAGCCUUGGUACUCGGGGAACUGUGACCGCUAUGCUGUUGAGAGUGCCCUGCUCCACUUACAAAAGGUGGGCAGCCACGGACCCCGGGUCUUCUCCGAAACCCCUUUUGCUCACAGGCUGUGGCUGGCCGAGCAGUGGGGAGCAGGAGAGCCAGGAGGGUUCUGGCCCCAUCAUGGGUCAGGGCGGUGGGAGGGCCAUUGGAAGAUGAGGUUGAUGGCUGGGGUCUCCUCCACAGGAUGGGGCCUAUACCGUGCGCCCCAGCUCAGGGCCUCAUGGCUCCCAGCCCUUCACCCUGGCAGUGCUUCUCCGAGGCCGGGUCUUCAACAUUCCCAUCCGGCGGCUGGAUGGCGGACGCCACUAUGCCCUGGGCCGGGAAGGCAGGAACCAUGAGGAGCUCUUCUCCUCCGUGGCGGCCAUGGUCCAGCACUUCAUGUGGCACCCUCUGCCCCUUGUGGACAGACACAGCGGCAGCCGGGAACUCACCUGCCUGCUCUUCCCCACCAAGCCUUGAGGCCACAGCGAAG